AUGUACCUCUCCUACCUCUUCCCCUCCCUCCGCACGCUCCUCAAAGUCCUCGGCACGACCCUCGCCCUCUCCGUCUUGGGAGGGGGCACAGCGCUCUACCUCUUUCAAACCCGCUUGAUCUACCCCGCCAACCUCCCAGCUGGAUCGAGGGAACAUGUACCGCGCCCACAGGACUUUGGGAUGGACGGCGAGGAAGUCGAGUUGAGUUCGGCGGAUGGGACGAAGAUCAAGGCGUUUGUGAUACUGGCGAGGGACAAGCCGGAGGAGAGACCGACUGUGUUGUUGUUGCAUGCGAAUGCGGGCAAUGUGGGUCACCGCUUGCCGAUCGCGAAAGUGUUCUGGCAGAAGAUGAGGUGCAAUGUCGUCAUGCUGUCCUACCGAGGGUAUGGCCACAGCGAAGGCUCGCCCACCGAGAAAGGCAUCAAACUCGACGCGCAAACUUGCCUCGACUACCUCAAAUCCCGCCGCGAACUCGAGAAGACGGACGUCUGGCUGUACGGACAGAGUAUUGGCGGGGCGGUGGCGGUUUGGUUGGCGAGUCAGAAUGCGGAGCGGGUUCGGGGGCUGAUUAUCGAGAACACGUUCCUCUCGCUCCCCAAACUGAUUCCCCACCUCCUCCCCUUCCUCCGCCCCUUCCUCCCCCUCCUCCUAACCGAAAUAUGGCCCUCCGAACACCACAUCGCCCGCCUUCCUCGCUUGUUCCCCGUGCUGUUCCUGGCGGGAGCGAAGGACGAGCUGGUCGUGCCGGGACAGAUGAGGGGCUUGUGGGACGUUUGUGGGAGUGAAAGGAAGGAGUGGAAGGAGUAUGAGGAGGGAACGCAUAACGACACCUGCGCGCAACCGCACUACUUUGCCGACAUCGCCUCGUUCAUUGCCCAGCACUCCUCUUCCUCCCCAUCCGCGCGGUCUACAUCCCCAACGCCCACACCCGCCUCUCCGCCCUCCAUCUCCACCGCCCAGCCCAUCGCGGAGCAAGAGGAACAAGACUCGUCGUCUUCGCUUUCGUCGCCCGUCAGCUCCUCUGCGUCGGUCGAGUCCUUCGAGAUCGUUGACGUCGAGAAGGACAACGAGGAAGGGGGAGUGAGCGCGUCGAGUAUGGGCCCGAAGGAGGAGGUUGAGGAGGUUGUCGACGAGGCGAAGAAGGGCGGCAAGGGGCGGUUGUGA